UUCUAACUAGACAGUUAAGGUCCUGUGGUUUGAAACAGACAUCAUAUCUAUUAAUCAAUAUUUCUAUAUCAUAUUGUUCACUGGAACAUUGAGCAUGCGUUGUAGCUAGAACAGUUAUGAAACUAUUUAUUGCACUGGUAGAACUGUACCCGAGACAGUUUAAUUUACAUUUUGAGAGACCACCCGUGGGAUUAAACGGCCCUGUCAACGGUAAUGACAUAAAAGACACAUCCUUGAGUACACAUUAUAGGUAAGAAAUUGAGAUUAUUGGUUAUCAUAACGUAUUAGGUGUAUUCCAUAUAAAGUAGGGGAACAUGUAUUACUAACUGACCCGCUUCUGAGGCUGUGCAUUGCCAAAUAACAAAACAAGUUGUCUGUCCUUGGAUAAGGUGUAAAAUGUGUGUUUAAGUGUGUCUGAGCUUUCUGAGCAAUUUAUGUGCAGUUAUGCAAUGUAUAUAAUGCGAAUGAUGCUGUGGUCAGAUGCUGUAACAGUCUAGCUGUUAUGGUGACCAGAUUGACCUACAUUGUGAAGUGUGCUCUAAACUGCCCUGUAUUUGAGUGUGAUAUAACUUAUAUUUAUUCAAAAGUCGAGAAACUAAAUGUAUUGCUUUUUUCUUCAUCCCUGCUGAUAAAAACAGUAAAGCAAUAUUUUGUUAUUUUUGAAUGAUUUGUCCCCCCCAAAAAUUUUUUGAGGUGAGAAGUAAACUAAACUAUUUUGGAUGACCAUAUUUGUGUCAGGCCCAUUUGACUCUAUACAUCAUAUAAAUGUAUUAUAUUAUAUACAUGUCACAGAAAUAUGAAAAUAACUUCAUGGUAGAAUUGAAGACAAAUGAAAGUGCUGUGAGCAUUGCAAGCAUUUUUACAUUAUUUCUAACAAAAGUCCACUUUCACCUAGCCGAUUAAACUCAACUCCACGAUUUACGAUGGAGUUGAGGGGCGACUAGCCUGUGCGAAUUGAUAAACAUUUUUUUUCAGCACCCAAAGAAUAGCCUGUGCUGAAAUUUUAUUAAAAAAUAAAAUAAAACGUUAUUUUAAUGGACGUUGGAGCUCCAGUCAGCCCACACUAGUUGCUGCUCAACUACAUGGUAAAUCGUGGAGUUUAGUUUAGUCUGCUACUUUCACCUGAACAUGUUCAUUAGCAUUUCAUAAUCAUUACAGUGUGAACAUUGAACAGUGCAUUGCAUUGAAUAGUGUAAUAUGAAUAUUAUACUUCAUAAUAGAGAGCAAUAGUAAUAGUGUAUUUUUGUAAGCACUAACUCUGCCUGGCUCGUUGGCCAAAGCCUAUGGGGAAAUGAAUGGGGUUAUUGUAGGGUUUUUGGAUAAAUGCCGAAAAUAAGGUAUGUGGUAAACACAGGCUUAGGAGAUCACAUGUUUUGUUCUAUGAGAUAAUCUUCAUCAGCUAAUGUCACUUUUUGCGAAUUUUGAAGCAUUUAUAUAAUCAAAAUAAGAAUAUAAAGCACAUAAAGGCUUCAUAAUUCAUAAAGGUCAUGUUAACUGACUGAUUAUCUCAUUGAACAAAACAUAUAAGAUCUCCUAAGCAUGUGUUAACCUUAGACCUUAUUUUCAGCGUUUGUCCCAAAACCCCAUUCUUCCCCAUUAAUUUCCCCCAUAGAAAUGGCUGAAUGAAGCAGAGGUAACUCAUUUCCGAUUUUUAGGACUACAAGCUGACAAGUAUUCCAGUGUGUUUAAUUAUCAGUUCUCUAUACUACAUCUCUUUAACGAUGUAGUAUAACUUGCACCAAAAAAUAUAUAACUUGCUUUUUAUUUAUUUUUAUUAUUAUUAUUAUUUAUUUGAAUAAGGUGACCCAUUCUCUAUAGCAGGGUUUCACAAACUCGAUCCUGGCCCCCCCCCCCCCCCCCGGGUACACAUUUUGUUUUUUUCCCUAAUACUACACAGCUGAUUCAAAUAACCAACUCAUUAUCAAGCUUUGAUUAUUUGAAUCAGCUGUGUAGUGCUAGGGCAAAAACUGAAACGUGCACCCGGGGGGGCACCCUGCACUAUAGCACAUACUGGGCUUCUAAACAUAUAAAAGAAAACAAUUUUUUCAGUCCCUGUUUCGAAUAUGGCCAAGAACUCCAUCCACUGGUUCCGGAAAGGACUGCGUCUCCAUGACAACCCGGCCCUGCUGGAGGCGGUGCGGGAUUCAGACACGGUGCGCUGUGUCUACUUCCUGGACCCCUGGUUCGCUGGCUCCUCCAACCUGGGGGUCAACCGGUGGAGGUGAGGCACAACUAAUUUAUCUAUUAAUCUAUCAACCAACCAAUCAAUAAGAUUCUAUUGUCCUAGUAAACAGAUGCAUUGUGUAUGCUCUGAAUGUUUGUGUUAUUACAGUGUUAACUAUUUAACAGUGUUGUUCAGUGUAUUACGAAGUUGAUGUUGUAGGCAGGAUUGUGGUCAGUUCCAUUUCAAUUCAAGAAGUGAAUUGGAAGUCCAAUUUAUUGACCCAGACCAGAUGUUAUAGUGAUCAAGUGGUUCUCAGAACAGUUCCCAUCAGACGGUUACCACUAUCUGGCCAAGCUAGAGAAAACAGAAGUAGGCUAUGGAGUGUUCAGAUGUGCCAGUGGAAGGCCUGGAUCUUGACAUCCAUAGAUCAGGCCCAGCAGAGCAGGACUGUAGCAGUAGGCCUAUAUUGUAAUUCUGUCUGCUUUCAAAAUAAAAGUAGUGUUAACAGCAUUGUCUUCUGUAUUGAAAGUUAGUGGAUUCUAUGUUUGAGUAUUCUCCAAUUAUUUACUAGGCUAUUUCGUAGGCUAGCAUUUUAAAAAAGUGUAGUGGUGCUUAUUCCUUGAUUAUUUUAACUCAGAAGAUAGAAGAAAUACUACUAGGCCUAAUUGAAUGACUGGCAUGCAGAAGCAACAGCUUCUCUCUUCCAGAGAUGGUUAAGAGAGCAUUCAUAGUGUAAUAGACACAGAUAAUAUUUUCCUCCAAGUAUUUGCCAUUGCCUCUGCCAGACAAAUGUCAUUUUCACUUUCUGUACAAUUUAAGAAAUCCUCUCUGGGGCAUUUUUUCUGGCAUCCUUAAAAAACCAACGAGCGUAGAGCCAAGGUCUGUAAAAUGGCAUCGUCCAGGCAGCGGGCCAGGUUAGUGUGCCAAUAGAGAGUUAAGUUUUCUGAGGUAGUGGUUGCUAUUGGGAUGACCUACUUUACAGCAGGCUGUGCUGUGGUGGAGCGGCCUAGCUGGAUCUUUAAAACUGCUCAAGCAGCAGGAAGCAGCAGUGGCCCUCAUAUCUGCAGCUGGAUUAGCCAUCUAUUAAACUGAGAAAAAAAUCAAUUUGUCCACACCUAUACUUUUUAACCUUUUUUAUUCCGAUUUUAUUUGAUCUGGGAAACUCUUAUGAAUCAACAGGCAGAUAGCAGGCCUACACAGGGUUAUCUUGUCUUUCUCCACAGCCUGUUUAUCACCUUUAAAGGUGUUCAGGUGUUAACUCUGCCCACACACUAGACACACACACACACACCAUGUACCACCUGCUGCUGUCCUCUCAGGGGACUGUUCUGUGGCAGGAGGAUCACAGCGUUUUCUGUCAAUCAGUCAUCUGGGAUACCACACUGAUCACUGAACCAUGUAACCGUUGCACAGUUUCAUUCCAAAUAUUACAUCUGCAACAGUAAGGACUGAAUCUGUGCCAGAAUCUGUGCCUCAAUGACCAUAAAUGCUAGAAAGGUGAUGUAAAUGCAAAAAGGCAAAUGUUUGUGUGACAUUAUGGUUGUUGUGAAGGUGUGAGUGGCCUCUGUGUGCUGGGCUGUUUCCGUUGUAGACAGUGCAUGUUGUGCCAUAAACCUGCACUAGUGGUGGCCUGCAGUCGUGCAGGUUGUGCCAGAAACCUGCACUGUUAUACUGUAUGUACGAUCACCAUCUUAACAUGAAUUAUGGACAUAUGGUCAAAGGGUGUCAGUAUGCUUCUUGGACAGUGAUUUAGUUUGUAUUUAUAUCCUGGCCCAACAAACAUGUUCUUCAUUCUAAAUAAUGUAUUAUUUAGUGGGACUUAUUAGGGUUUUAUUCAAUCAUACAUGGUGUCAGGUUUAACUCACAAACAUGAGUCUCUUCACACUGUGAGAAUGCCCGUAAAGCAGCGUCCUCUCCUGCAUGGCCAUAUAGUGACAGUUGUCCGCCCAUUCCUGUGUUUCAGGUUCCUGCUGCAGUGUCUGGAAGAUCUAGAUGCAAGCCUCCAGAAGCUCAGCUCCCGUCUGUUUGUGAUCCGAGGCCAGCCGGCCAACAUCUUCCCCCGACUCUUUAAGGUGAGACCCCAUCAUCCCUACCAUCUUCCCCCCACCCAUACCCUCUCCCCCUCACCCAUACCCUCUCCACAGCCUCCCUCAAACCCUCCACCCAGAGACAGCAAAUAUCCACCAUGCUGUAUCAGUGUUUGCUGUGUCCUGUCCUCUCAGGAUUGGAACAUCUCGCGGCUGACGUUUGAGUGUGACUCUGAGCCAUUCGGUAAGGAGAGGGAUGCAGCCAUUAAGAAGCUGGCCACAGAGGCUGGAGUGGAGGUCGUCAGCAGGACCUCUCACACACUCUACGACCUGGACAAGUGAGUGGGACACCCAGUGACAUUUUCACAUGGAGGUUUGUAUUAAACCGAGCCCUGAAUUGAAACCCUCUCCUCCUCUCUGUAGGAUCAUGGAGCUGAACGGUGGUCACCCUCCUCUCACCUUCAAGCGUUUCCAGACGUUGGUGGGCUCCAUGCUGCCCCCGGACUCCCCAGUAGAGGCUCUGUCCCAGGCCAGCAUGGGUCGAUGUGUCACCCCCGUCUCAGACAACCACACGGACAAGUACGGAGUGCCCCUACUGGAGGAGCUGGGUAAGACACUUCACAAUUGUUCCCAUUGGAAUCCAUAUUGUGAAAAAAAAUUCUAGAUACUUUUACCGCAAGUGUCUAAACAUGCUGUGUGCCUGUUUCCCUCCCCAGGCUUUGACACUGAGGGCUUGGCUCCAGCUGUGUGGCCUGGAGGAGAGAGUGAAGCUCUCACCAGGAUAGAAAGACAACUUGGACCUGACCUCUCCACAGUAUGUAACAACACAUACACAUACAGACUCAUUGACUCAGACUUAUGUUUUAUAUCAUAUAUGUAUCAUAUAUUAAACCUUUCUCUCUCUCCAGACAUGGCAGGUGAAUUUUGAGCGUCCCAGGAAGACCGCCAGCCCCCUGCUCGCCAGUCCUCUGGGUCUCAGCCCCUACCUUCGCUUUGGAUGUCUGUCCUGUCGACUCUUCUACAGCAAACUGGUUGAGCUCUACAAAGAGGUACUGUACACACACACACACACACACACACGCAGACAAACACACACACACACACACACACAUGCAUACACACACACAUCUAUCCCUGCUGAACACUAACACCAACACACACACACGUAUCCUUACUUAACACUAACACCAACUCACACUGAUCACAACUAUCACGCAAGGUUGUUUAUUAUUUUGCUCGUGUUAUAUUUAUCUUCUCUGUCCUCGCCUCAGGUGAAGACGAACGACAGUCCUCCCAUCUCCCUCUACGACAAGCUGCUGUGGCGUGAGUUCUUCUAUACUGCUGCCACUAACAACCCUCGCUUCGACAAGAUGGAGGGCAACCCCAUCUGUAUCCGCAUCCCCUGGGACCGCAACGCAGAGGCGCUGGCCAAGUGGGCCGAGGCCAAGACGGGCUUCCCCUGGAUCGACGCCAUCAUGACCCAGUUGAGGCAGGAAGGAUGGAUCCACCACCUGGCCAGACACGCUGUGGCCUGCUUCCUCACCAGAGGAGACCUGUGGAUCAGCUGGGAGGAGGGCAUGAAGGUAGAGAGAGAGAAGGUGGAGGGAGAUAAGGGAUGUGGAUCAGCUGGGAGGAGAGAGAGAGAGAGAGAGACUGUGUUGUUGUUCUGUGUAUCUGACCAUGUUGUGUCUGUGUACCUGUCUGUCAGGUGUUUGAGGAGCUGCUCCUGGAUGCAGAUUGGAGUGUGAACGCAGGCAGCUGGCUGUGUCACUCCUGCAGUUCCUUCUUCCAGCAGUUCUUCCACUGCUACUGUCCUGUGGGCUUCGGACGAAAAAUAGAUCCAGAAGGAGACUUCAUCAGGUUGGUAUAUCUAAAUGCACACACACAACAUGCACACAGACUCAAAGUAUCUGCUUUAACAAGUCAUACAUUAGCAAGGCUGUUCUGUAAGUCUGUCUGACUGCUGUCUGUAUGUUGUGCUGAACCAACUCCUCUGGCAGUGGUGACGAGGCGUAAUUUUAAUUUCUCCUUCUGCUUGCAGGCGAUACUUACCUGUCCUGAAAGACAUGCCAGACAAGUACAUCUACGACCCUUGGAAUGCCCCCAUAGAGGUGCAGCGGGCGGCCAAGUGUGUGGUCGGCGUGGACUACCCCAAACCCAUGGUGAACCAUGCAGAGGCCAGCCGACUCAACAUAGAGAGGAUGAGACAAAUCUACCAGCAGCUGUCCAGAUACAGAGGACUCAGUAAGUAUUUUUCUCCCUCCUUCGCUUUGUAUUGUUCUGUCUCUGUCUGUAUUUCUCUUGCUUUCUGUCUGUCUCCUUCUCUCUGUCGCUAUCUCUCUCUUUAUCACACCUGCUCAUUAGAACUUGUCUCUCUCCUUCACUGUCCUGAUAGGCUUACUAGCUGCUGUGCCAACCAGUCCUAUUGAGGGUCUGAAUGUGAAUGAGGUCAAGCCGCUGGCGUCGCCCUCUACUGGUAGAAAACACAGCGGGACCAACAGCCAUCAUGGUGAGCAAGGACCAUGGCCUAAAACUCCUUUACUGUUAUCACACCACGACUGCAAAAUGAGCACAAUCUAACCCACACUUCUAUCCUCUACUCUACUCUACUCUACUCUACUCUACUCUACUCUCAUCUCACCCUCCCCUCCUCUCCUUUCCUCCUCCCCCUCUCUUCUCCUCUAUCCAGGCCGUGGUAGAGAAAACAGAAGUGUAAUAGUGAACGGUGAGGAGCAGCCGGGACCCAGGGGCGUUAGACCACGACCUGGACCAACAUACACUCAGAGUAAGACACAGUAUAUCAGACUAGACACGGUAUAUCAGACUAGACACGGUAUAUCAUAUCAUAUCAGACUAGACACGGUAUAUCAUAUCAGACUAGACACGGUAUAUCAUAUCAGACUAGACACGGUAUAUCAUAUCAGACUAGACACAGUAUAUCAGACUAGAUACGGUAUAUCAUAUCAGACUAGACACAGUAUAUCAGACUAGACACGGUAUAUCAUAUCAUAUCAGACUAGACACGGUAUAUCAGACUAGACACGGUAUAUCAUAUCAGACUAGACACGGUAUAUCAUAUCAGACUAGACACAGUAUAUCAGACUAGACACAGUAUAUCAGACUAGACACGGUAUAUCAUAUCAUAUCAGACUAGACACGGUAUAUCAUAUCAGACUAGACACGGUAUAUCAGACUAGACACGGUAUAUCAUAUCAGACUAGACACGGUAUAUCAUAUCAGACUAGACACGGUAUAUCAUAUCAGACUAGACACGGUAUAUCAUAUCAGACUAGACACGGUAUAUCAUAUCAGACUAGACACGGUAUAUCAGACUAGACACGGUAUAUCAUAUCAGACUAGACACAGUAUAUCAGACUAGACACAGUAUAUCAGACUAGACACAGUAUAUCAGACUAGACACAGUAUAUCAUAUCAGACUAGACACUGUAUAUCAGACUAGACACGGCAUAUCAUAUCAGACUAGACACGGCAUAUCAUAUCAGACUAGACACGGCAUAUCAUAUCAGACUAGACACAGUAUAUCAGACUAGACACGGUAUAUCAUAUCAGACUAGACACGGUAUAUCAUAUCAGACUAAACACAGUAUAUCAUAGACUAGACACAGUAUAUCAUAGACUAGACACAGGAUAUCAUAGACUAGACACACUAUAUCAUAUCAGACUAGACACGGUAUAUCAUAUCAGACUAGACACAGUAUAUCAGACUAGACACAGUAUAUCAUAUCAGACUAGACACUGUAUAUCAGACUAGACACGGCAUAUCAGACUAGACACAGUAUAUCAUAUCAGACUAGACACGGCAUAUCAGACUAGACACAGUAUAUCAGACUAGACACAGUAUAUCAGACUAGACACGGUAUAUCAUAUCAGACUAGACACAGUAUAUCAUAGACUAGACACAGUAUAUCAUAGACUAGACACAGUAUAUCAUAGACUAGACACAGUAUAUCAUAGACUAGACACAGUAUAUCAUAGACUAGACACACUAUAUCAUAUCAGACUAGACACGGUAUAUCAUAUCAGACUAGACACUGUAUAUCAGACUAGACACUGUAUAUCAGACUAGACACUGUAUAUCAGACUAGACACGGUAUAUCAUAUCAGACUAGACACAGUAUAUCAUAGACUAGACACAGUAUAUCAUAGACUAGACACAGUAUAUCAGACUAGACACGGUAUAUCAUAUCAGACUAGACACGGUAUAUCAUAUCAGACUAAACACAGUAUAUCAGACUAGACACGGUAUAUCAGACUAGACACAGUAUAUCAUAUCAGACUAGACACGGUAUAUCAGACUAGACACGGUAUAUCAUAUCAGACUAAACACAGUAUAUCAGACUAGACACAGUAUAUCAUAUCAGACUAGACACAACAGUCACUUACAGUGUUAUGUUGAGGAGGAAAUUCUUAUGGGUCUAUUUCUGUUUGUCUCUUGGUCACUGCAGGCUGUGGAAUGGCGCACACAGAGCAGGCACAUUCGUCCAAUCAUGGACUCUGUCAGACAGGAUGUGCCCAUGACUUUGCUGUGCCUCAGUAUCCAGGUCGUCUGGUCCGGGGUGGGGCCGGGUGCGGGUCUAGGAAGAGGGGACGGGAGUCGGAACAGGAAGUGGCCGGAGACAACGACUCUCUGUCCUCCGCCUUCAAGGUACAGCGACACAAUAAACGGGUAAGUCAGGGGUCAAUGUGUGUGUUAACAUUCUGUUUUCUACAGUCUAUGUUAUGUACCUGGGGGGGAUCGAUAAGUUACAAAAAAAAUGGAAAUAUUCAUGUUUCUGAGUUCAUGAAGUUAGACUUUUAGGAGCAUAGUAUAACUGACUCAACAUUGACAUUUUAGUCAUUUAGCAGACGCUCUUAUCCAGAGCGAUUUACAGUUAGUACAUUCAUCUUAAGAUAGCUAGGUGGGACAACCACAUCUCACGGUUAUAGUAAGUACAUUUUUCCUCAAUAAAGUAGCUAUCAGCAAAGUCAGAGCUAGUGGGGGGGGGGAAGUCAAGUGUGAGUUUUUUUUACACUCAGUUUAUCAGUGAUUCUGCAUUGUGAUACAGUAAACCCAUCAGGUAUUUACUUAGUAAAGCAUAAUAAUAAUGUUUCCUUUGUUCUGUGUUUGUGUUUCAGAAGAGUACGAGUCAGCAGGAUGAGAGGAUGGCUGUGUCUUCAUAAGCUGCUGCUGUCAUAGAUAGAUAGAAAUUAUUAUACAUACUGUACAUAGAUGUUUAAAUAAAUAUUUUUGUAUCAAGGAAAAGUCUCUGUUCCUGUAUGAGAUGUGACAUGAAAGUCCCUGAGUCUUAGUUUUCAGAGUUGUGAUCUCAAAAAUGUAUUAUUUAAAUUUGGAAAAAUGGUCAAAUCAGUUUGGAUUUAUCGGAAUCUAAUUUUGGGUGCCCAAGGUUAGGACUCUAAAUUCCCCACCUGGGUUGAACAUGAUGUACAGUCUAUAAUAUGUUAUGAUGUAAAUGAUUAUGUAAAUAUGUCAGUUACUGUUAGACUGUAGCUUUACUUCUGUACUGUAUGUCUGAAACAUAGCCUGAAGACAAACUCCAACUGGACUUACUCGGACAGAGCAGACAACGAUAAAACCAUUUCACAGGAGACCUGAUAUUUAGAUCUGGACCCCCCAUUACCUUUGACUUCUAACCCUGAGGAUCGCAGCAAGCUGAUUGGUCAAAUCAAACCAGCUGCUCUCUGUAGCAAAAGUGUGUGUAAAAGCAUAAGGCUGUUCAUCGUGUUAUUUUCCCACCAUGUUUCUUAAUUUCUGCUAAAAUGGAGGGUGAAGAGUGAACGCUAUUGUUGUUUUCCCUAUGGAAUUGUACGACUGCUUUUGUUACUUUUUGUUUUUACAGAAUUACCAAAGAAUUGCCUUCACAGAUGUUAAAAUAAUGUAAUGUAUAUACAGUAUACCUCUAGCACAACAAAUUAAAUGGUUGAAAUAA